AGUAAUUAAAUAAUAUUGAAAAAAAAAUGCCAGAAAAUGCUUCUUUGGAGCACUCGCUGCGGAGCAUGCGGACUAAUCUCAGUGGCAGUACUUUUGGACAACGACGCGAGGAUAUCUUCCGACGACUUCAGGAAAGUGCGCAUCAAAUCUCCCUCCACUAUGAUGGCAAAGAGCUGGCCACCGAACGGGACGAAUCGGUGCAGGAAUUCUGUGAAGCUCUGGAGGAUCUCCUCAGCUAUGGUCUUCGGCAGUCCAUCAGCGUGACCUUCAGUGCGGCCAGCUUUCUCCAGAACAUGCAGGAGAUUGUGACGGGAAACGCUGGCGGGAGCGGCGGCGGCAACGGCAGUAACAACAAUGACACUACAUUCUGGGACUUUUGCCAAUCGCACCUAACGCCACAUGAAAGACAGCGCUACAUGGAAUUGAAGCAGAUAUGGACCAAGACAGGGCGAGGACGGGCCUUUAUCCGCUCCACACUCAACGAGAAGCGCCUGCAGAGUCACGUACUUACCUGGCUGAGCGAUGAGGAGCAGCUGCAUCGCUACUACACACCUUGGUCGCUGCUGCUCAACGAAGAGGCUGCCAAGAAACUGCCCGAGAUUCUAGACAGCCUCAAGGAUGUGUUAUUUGCUCUCCAAGUGGACACAACGGAACUGAAUGCUCCCAAACGGUCAACGGCAGCUGUUCCGGGCAAGGAGGAACCCAUUAUAUAUGCCCCCAAUCCUGUACCUGUGGCAUCGCGCAAACAGAGACGCGCUGCCAACGCUGUGGAGCGUCCUAUCGAGGGGGCCAGCUCCACCGAAGAUCUGUUGGGUGCCCUCUCGCCCAGAGAGUCGCUGGAGGUGCAACAACUCAUGUCCAAAGAUGUCGUGGAGGAGGAGUUGUCGAAAGUGAUAGCCGAGGAUGGAUCUGCUGCCCCGUUUGAUCCGAUAGAACCAGAGCUGGAAUUCCUUAAAACACCUUUGCCAGAUGUCCAGCUCACAAACGAUCAAGCUGCCGUCGAUUCGGAGUUCUUUGAGGACCGCAGUGACACAUCAUCUCAGUGGAGCAAGUCCUCGUCAUCGGCCACCUGCAUAGCCAACACGCAACAGCAAGUGGCGCUGGAGGAGCAGAUGAACCUUUUGACCGAACGUUGCGCCCUGCUGGAAACUCGAGUGCAGGAGCUGAAGCUGCAGAACCGUCAGUUAGUGCGUCGCCUCACCAGGCAGUUUGAGGAGACUGGCAUUGAUCCAACCUCGUCGUUUUGCGCCAACUUCCUGAUUACCAUUCCACAGGUGAAGCUCGCGAAGACCCAGCGUUCGGGCUCCCACUACACCUACGAGAUACACAUAACGAUGCGGCAGCGCUUGGAGCACUGGACCCUCUUCCGACGCUACAGUGAUUUCAACAAGCUACACAAGUCCCUGAUGCGAACCCAUCCUGUGGUCAGCUCUGUGGAGUUUCCGCCCAAGAAGCAUUUUGGCAAUAUGAAUCUGGUGUUUGUGGAGGAACGACGGCAGCAGCUGCAAAUCUAUUUGUUGAACCUGGUCGAGACAUUGCCACUGGUGGAGGCUUGCAAAUCAAAGGCGGAGCUGCAAAAAGCCUUUCCCUUCUUCAGAGAGAGAUAGCAGAGAGUAGCAGAUGAUGUGAUGAUUUGAAAACCAACCAACCAACCAACGAAGCUCGUAAAGAACAAGUAUUCACGUAUAUAAUUUCUGUUUUGUUAUCAAGAUCUUUACUUAUAUGUGUAAUAAUGGAGUUUGGUCCAAGUGCUGUAAAGCAAUGAUAUUAAAAAAAGACCUACACCUAGGCUUUUCCGAACAAUAAACAACUUAAAAUGAA